AUGCAUUUAUUUAAAGAAAUAAUAAUAUUCAUUUUUGUGAUUGGAUUAUCAUUAAUAAAUGGUAUAGAAGGUAAAGGUUACCGUCAAUCAACAAUUAAUAAAGUGAUCAGAAUAGAAACAAAAAGUAAAGCAAAAGUUAAGUCAAUUGCAGAUGAUACAUGUGGUAUAAAUACUAUACAAGUUUCAAACUUUUUAAAUACUGCACGUUGGAGAAGAAUAAGAAAUAAAUUAGGUACAGGAUGGGAUGAUAAUUUAAUUCCACCAUUAAUCUUUUGUGUAAAGAUAUUAGAUAAACCAACAAACACUUCAAAUUCAUGUAAUAGAAAUAGUUUUGAUUUAUUAUUAAAUGAUGGAAUUAACAAAAAUAAGAAAUCUGUUAUAAUAGCAACAGUGAAUGAUGUAUUAAAAGGAGAAGAAAAAUGUAUGUUUAUAUCACCAUGUGAAAUAUUACGUAGAAUAUAUUGGAAUGAUGAUAAUUUUACCAAUACUAUAAGUAAUUUAGAAUUUAAAAUUAAUUCAACUUUUGAAAGUAGUGCACCAGAUCAAAGAUUUAUAUCAGUAAUUAGUAUUAAAGGAUUAGCAAGAUCAUUAAAGAAAGAAAAGAAUCCAUGGGACAAUCAUUUAAAGAUGGUUCAGAAGUUUAAGAAUGUCCAAGCAUUAUCAUUAUUUAUACCAUAUAAACCACAUUCAAAAAGUUUUAUUUCCGAUACAUGUGUUGUUAAACCAAAAGUAACAAGUAUAUUUUAUGGUAAAAAUAAACCAUCAGUAUGUAAAUUUAAUAAUUGCAUGUGGAAUAUUUGGAUUGGACAAUUAUCUGGAGAGUUUGUUAAUGAAAGAUGUACUAUUGGAAAGGCAUCUUCAAGAGGAGAUUAUAUUGUAGGAUGGUUUUCUCCUUAUGCAAUUGAUUCUGAAACUGUUGGUUCAAUGAAAUUAAAAAUACAGUGGAAUUUAGCAGAAGAUCAAAACCAAAAUUCAUGUUCAAUGACAAAUGAAACGGAAAAGAAGAUUACUGAUUAUGAUAGAGAAAAUCUAGUACAUGGUAAUUUAAGAUCAGAUUGGUUCCCAGGUGACGAAUAUCAUAAAUAUGAAACUAUUAAUGAUGUUGUAUCUGAAGGAACAAGAACUAAUACGAGAUCUACAGAGACUAAAAUAGAUAAUUCGACUAAUAUUUCAACUUCUACAAGUUCUUUGGACAUUGAUGUUAGUUCUAAUAUUACUACAACAACAACUACAACAACAACAACUACUACAACAACAACAACAACAACUACUACUACUACUACCACUACCACUACUACUACUACUACUACUACUACUACUACUACUACUACUACAGUUGUACCAAAAAUAUCAUUAGUAGGAUCUGGUAACAGCUCUACUAAAAUGAAUAUAUGUGUCAAUGGAAGGUGUAGAAGUGCAGACAACUUAUGGUUAAAUUGUCAUUCAAAUAGAACACGUGUUUUAACUGAUAAUGAUCAAAUCGAUUCAAAUAAUAAAGAAAAUCCUGAUAAUUUACAAAUUGAAUGGAUUGAAAUAAAUAAAGAAUCAACAAAAAUCUUCAAGGAUAAAAAUGGUAAUAUUUACUAUGAUGUAGAUGGUUACAUUGAUAAUACAGGAGUAAAUUCAACAGAAUCAUCUCAUCAAAAAUCUGAAUCUGAAUUAUCUAAACCUCAAGGAAUGGACAUGAAUCAAAACUCAUGUGGAGAAGAUCAAAUUUGUGCAUGUAUGUUGGAAGGAUUAGUUGAAGAAGAUAUUACAGUUAUUGAUAGAGAUGAUGAUCCAAUAGAUGAUACUAAUGAUAAAGAAGAUGAAAAUCAUAAUAUUGAAUUUGAAAAAAUUGAUACUAAAAUGAAUAAAGAAGAAUUACUCAAGAAAUGGUUGGAUUUGAAGAAGAUUUAUGAGAGUUAA